UGUAACACCACAUCAACACUUGUAACACCACAUCAACAAUAUCCACAUUCUUCUUCCUUUGAGUACUUACAUCAAAUUCUCUCUCUCUUUCUCUCACGUAGGCAACAAUGGCGCAGAGGAAGAUGAUUGUGUUUCCCACCAAGAAUGAAUUGUCUCAAGCAAUGGCUGAGUACACUGCCAAUCUCUCCACCAAGUUCAUCAAGGAGAAAGGUCUUUUCACCGUUGUUCUCUCCGGCGGUGACCUCAUCGAUUGGCUCUGCAAGUUGGUGCAACCUCCUUACAUUGAUUCAAUCGAAUGGUCAAAGUGGCACGUCUUUUGGGUCGACGAGAGGGUUUGUGCAUGGGAAGAUCCAGACAGUAACUACAAACUCGCCAUGGAGGGUUUUCUCUCUAAGGUUCCGAUUCCGGAUAAGAACAUCUACGCGAUCGACAAGCACUGGGCGGCUGAUGGUAACGCUGAGCACUGCGCGGCACUCUACGAGGAGUGUCUUAAAAACCUGGUGAAGGAAAAGAUAAUCCCAAUAUCGAAAAAGACAGGAUAUCCUGAGUUUGAUCUACAACUUCUAGGGAUGGGUCCUGAUGGCCACAUGGCGUCUCUCUUCCCAAACCAUCCACAGAUCAAUGAGAAGCAGAAAUGGGUCACUCACAUUACCGACUCUCCAAAACUACCACUAAAGAGAAUCACAUUCACUUUACCGGUCAUCAACUCUUCUUUGUACAAUCUUAUGGCCAUUUGUGACAAAGCACCGGCAAAAUCUGUGGCUGAGAUCAUGAAGCACAACAACCUUUCGUUACCUUCUGCUCAUCUUAGUGCCCAAGUCGAAAAUGUUUGGUACCUAGACCAAGCAGCUGCUUCCGAGCUCUAGAGAGCCUAAACACAUUAAUAUUGGUGUUUUGUUUUUAGUCUCUACGUUGCUUUGUGUUAAAUAACCGGUUAAUACAUUUUGCGUACGGAUACUCCGUACCAAAUGUAUUAAAUCGUCGAGUUUCUGUUUCUUGUAGUUGUGUCUGAGUCCCUGGCAAUGACUCUGGGUUUUAUUUAAGAGAAAUCUAAGAAUAAUGCCAUGUACGGUAC